GAAAUCCAGUGUCCUAAAUAUUAAUGUUCGAGGACUGAAGCGUGUAGCGCGUCUGUCCCUUCAUCUCACGAUGGAAUUGAAUGAUUCUCAACUCUCUGGUCUCGUGGUCUCCAAUCUCCCUGCAAUCCACAAUUUUAUUUUUCUUCCCUGAAAUGGGCUCUCAGGUUCUCAGAAUCUCAUCAUUUCCCCCCUCCAGAACUUUCUUCUUCCUGAACACCCCCACAAAAACCUCUCUUUCACGCUGUGUAACUUCCCGUCACUCCCCAACGCAACCCCCCGCCCUACCCAAGUGUCUCUGCAACAUCCAGUUUCCGUUUUCUUCAUCAAAACCAAUCAAUUCCUCCAUUUCAACAACUGGGUCUGUUAAAUUUUUUCAUUUGAGCAAGAGGAGCUCGAGUUCUGGAGUUGUGGCCAUGGCUGCACCUGGCUCCGUUCAGAAGUCAGAGGAGGAGUGGCGGGCCAACCUCUCGCCGGAGCAGUUUCGGAUUCUACGCCAGAAGGGAACAGAGUAUCCGGGCAAUGGACAGUAUGACAAGUUCUAUGAGGAAGGAAUCUAUAAUUGUGCAGGAUGUGGAACACCUCUUUACAAGUCCAUGACAAAAUUUAACUCCGGUUGUGGUUGGCCAGCUUUCUAUGAGGGUCUCCCUGGUGCCAUUAAUCGCAAUCCAGACCCAGAUGGAAUGAGGAUUGAAAUCACAUGUGCAGCUUGUGGUGGGCAUUUAGGUCAUGUUUUCAAAGGUGAAGGUUUUUCAACCCCAACAGAUGAACGGCAUUGUGUCAAUAGUAUUUCACUUAAGUUUGUUCCUGCAAAUUCUGAUGCAUUGUAGUGACUGUAGCUAUAAUUAUCUUUAUUCAAGAUCGGGGAUUCUGUUGAGUACUUUUCAGUAUCUGAUGUAUGCGUUUGCUACCUCGGGUUUAAAUCAUCACAUGAAUUUUGUAUGCACACUGCUCUUCACCAUCGCUUUGAGUUCCAUGCUUCUUGUUCAUGUUCUCUCAAUGUUUAUAACUCAACUUUUCAAGUUUGAAUGAAAGAUCAAAUUCUCUGGAAAA